CAUUGCUAUUUCAUCAAUACAAGCUUAAUCAUAACAAGUGUUUGUUUUCUCUACGUAAAGUUCGUAAUCAGUCAAAAUAUGGAAAACAAAACAGUGAUUUUAAGUGUUCUGAUCGUGAUGAGUCUGAUCAUGGCGCAAACUCAAGUAGAUGCGAAGAGCUGCUGCCCGUCCAAGGCAAGUAGACAGGCCUUUAAUACUUGCCGUAUAAUUGGAACCCCCGCUUUCGCAUGUGAAGCAACCACUGGAUGCAAAAUAGUUUGGAGCUCAUGUCCUGAGGGAUAUAAUAAUCAUGCCAUUCUCGAAAACUCUGCUGAUACUAUCAAUGAAUACUGCAAUUUGGGAUGUGUCUUCUCCGCGUGUGGUGCCUUAACUACUCUCCAGAACUCCGACCGAAAUGCAAUAGUGAAUGGAGCGGUUGAACAAUGUACGAAGGCAUGUUCCACCUUAUGUACCAAGGGCUCUAUGACCGCAGUUGAAGCUACCUAAAUACGCAAAUCCACGAUCUGAAUGUUGUGUUUUCUUGUUUGGAAUAAAUGUUGGGUAUUUGAAAAAAUAAUAAUGCUAGACUCUAGUGCUAGUAUCUUAACAAGUUAAUGUUUCGUGGUUUGUGUAUGUGUCGUGGAAAUUAGAAAGCCGUUGAUCGUAGAUUGUAUAUGCAAUCUGCUGCUAAGGGCUGUAUAAUAAUAUAAAUAAAGAAUAGUGCGCCCUUUUUCUCGACUA